UUCCUCAAGUCGGGACCCCCACUCGCUUCGAACCGGAUCACACCCACAACACCGAGCGGCAGCGCGGAAGCAACCCGGACUCAGGCGCACUCGAGGCGGACGCAAAAGUUCAAGCCAUGGCCACCCCGGUGAGCGACCAGGAGAAGCGCAAGCAAAUCAGCAUCCGCGGCAUCGUGGGUGUGGAGAAUGUGGCCGAGCUGAAGAAGGGCUUCAACCGGCACCUGCACUUCACGCUGGUCAAGGACCGGAACAUCGCCACCCCGCGGGACUACUACUUCGCCCUGGCGCACACCGUCCGCGACCACCUGGUGGGACGCUGGAUCCGAACGCAGCAGUUCUACUACGAGGCGGACCCCAAGAGGGUGUACUACCUGUCCCUGGAGUUCUACAUGGGCCGCACGCUGCAGAACACCAUGAUCAACUUGGGUCUGCAAAACGCCUGCGACGAAGCCAUCUACCAGUUGGGCCUAGACAUGGAGGAGCUGGAGGAGGUGGAGGAGGACGCGGGCCUGGGCAACGGAGGCCUGGGCAGACUUGCAGCCUGCUUCCUGGACUCCAUGGCCACGCUGGGGCUGGCGGCGUACGGUUACGGCAUCCGCUACGAGUACGGAAUCUUUAACCAGAAAAUUCGGGACGGCUGGCAGGUGGAGGAGGCGGACGAUUGGCUGCGCCACGGCAACCCCUGGGAGAAGGCCCGCCCCGAGUACAUGCUGCCCGUCCACUUCUACGGACGCGUGGAGGAGACCGAGGACGGCCCCAAGUGGGUCGACACGCAGGUGGUGCUGGCCAUGCCGUACGACACGCCCAUCCCGGGCUACAUGAACAACACGGUCAACACCAUGCGUCUGUGGUCCGCUCGUGCGCCCAACGACUUCAACCUGAGAGACUUUAACGUGGGGGAUUACAUCCAGGCCGUCCUGGACCGCAAUCUGGCCGAGAACAUCUCCCGAGUGCUCUACCCCAACGACAACUUUUUCGAGGGCAAAGAGCUGCGCCUGAAGCAGGAGUACUUUGUGGUUGCCGCCACCCUGCAGGACGUCAUCCGCCGCUUCAAGACCACCAAGAAGGGGACGCCCGCGCGCACCUCCUUCGACGCCUUCCCCGACAAAGUUGCCAUCCAGCUGAACGACACCCACCCGGCCAUGGCCAUCCCCGAGCUGAUGAGGAUCUUCGUGGACAUCGAGAAGAUGGACUGGGACGUGGCCUGGGACCUGACCAAGCGCACCUUCGCCUACACCAACCACACGGUUCUCCCCGAGGCGCUGGAGCGCUGGCCCGUGGAGCUGAUGGAGACUCUCCUGCCGCGACACCUGCAAAUCAUCUACCAGAUCAACCAGAUCCACCUGGAUAGGAUCGCGUCGCUCUUCCCCAACGACGUGGACAAGCUGAGGAAGAUGUCGCUGAUCGAGGAGGAGGGCGGCAAGCGGGUGAACAUGGCGCACCUCUGCAUCGUGGGCUCGCACGCCGUCAACGGAGUCGCUCAGAUACACUCCAACAUCAUCAAGACGGAAGUAUUCCGUAACUUCAGCGAACUGGAGCCGGCCAAGUUCCAGAACAAGACCAACGGCAUCACUCCCAGGCGCUGGCUGCUGCUCUGCAACCCCGGACUGGCCGAGCUCAUCGCUGAGGUGAUCGGCGAGGACUACGUAAAGGACCUCGGCCAACUCCGGAAGCUUAACGACUUUGUGGACAACGCCGCUUUCAUCCGGGAUGUCUCCAAAGUGAAACAGGACAACAAGGUGAAGUUCGCCCACUACCUGGAGCAGGAAUACCGCGUGCGGAUCAACGCGGCGUCCAUGUUCGACGUGCACGUGAAGAGGAUCCACGAGUACAAGCGGCAGCUGCUCAACUGCCUGCACAUCGUCACCAUGUACAACCGCAUCAAAAAGAACCCGUCCGCACCUUUUGUACCUCGAACCGUGAUCAUCGGGGGAAAGGCCGCCCCCGGCUACCACAUGGCCAAGAUGAUCAUCAAGCUGAUCACGUCCGUGGCGACGGUGGUCAACAACGACCCCGUGGUGGGAAGCAAGCUGAAGGUCAUCUUCCUGGAGAACUACAGGGUCUCCCUGGCUGAGAAAGUGAUCCCGGCCACAGACCUGUCGGAGCAGAUCUCGACGGCGGGCACCGAGGCGUCGGGCACGGGCAACAUGAAGUUCAUGCUGAACGGCGCCCUCACCAUCGGCACCAUGGACGGCGCCAACGUGGAGAUGGCCGAGGAGGCCGGCGUAAAGAACCUCUUCAUCUUCGGCAUGAGGGUGGAAGACGUGGCCGAGAUGGACAAAAAGGGAUAUGACGCCAUGUCUUACUACAAGAAGAUCCCGGAGCUGAAACAAGUGAUGGACCAGAUCACAAGCGGGUUCUUCAGUCCCAAAAAUCCCGAUUUGUUCAAGGAUUUGACCGAAAUGCUCUUCAAACAUGACCGGUUCAAAGUAUUUGCUGACUUUGAAGCGUAUCUGAAAUGUCAGGAGAAAGUCAGCAAACUCUAUCAGAAUCCCAAAGAGUGGACCAAGAUGGUGGUGAGGAACAUCGCGGCGACGGGAAAGUUCUCCAGCGACCGAACCAUCGCCGAGUACGCCACGGAGGUGUGGGGCGUGGAGCCCACCGACCUCAAGAUCCCCCCGCCCAGCGAGCCCCGGGAAGCCAUCGAGAAGACGGCCCGGGAGCUCAAGAAAAUGUGAACGCUGCCUCGGGGUCUUCUCUGUUUACGUAACGGCUAACACACAACCCCCCCCCCCCAAAAAAAAAAAAAUAACAGGAAGUUAAGCGCUUUACUUUGCUUUAUCUUGGCCAGGGAAUUUUUGUUUCGUAAUAUUCAAAGCAUUAACACGUAAGUCUGUUACAGCUUUUUCACGUUGCAUUUGCGAAAUGGAUUCACUCAAACGGAGGAGGUGGUAGACACAAAAAAAAAAAAAAAAAAUUCAGUUUUCCUACCAGUGUUCGCAUAUCUCAGCUGUAUUAAAAUGACACAUGAAUGGCACCCCCCAAACCCCCUUCAAAUCUUUGUCACGCUACAGUAAAAGUUUGUAUGCUACAAUAAAACAGCAGUUCCUUGACUUACAAGUUCUUCCAUAUUUCCCCAUUGGAACGCCACUCAUCCGCACAAAUUGUACUCCUUCUGCACUCUUUGUUAAAAAGUUGCAACAUUGCUACUCAUUAGCCUGUCUAUGGCAUUUUGGAUUGCGCGUUAGCAUUAAGGUAAACGACGUUAAAGUUGUGUACCGUAAUUCCCAGCCUACAGAGCUCACCUGGUUAUAAAUCUCGCCCAAUGGUCUAAAAAAAAAAACAGACUGGAUGGCUCAUUGGCCAGCAAAACUGAAGUCGCCGUCCGCCAUCUUGAUACUCCCAAAACAAGCAUUCUGACCUGUGCGGCGACAAGUUAUGUGGCUGUGAGAAAACAUUCCACAGGUAAGUUAGAAAGAUUUACUUUGACACUCUUAAAGUUUGUUUGUAAAGUUUCUUUUUUUUUUAUUAUUUUCUGAUGAGCUUAAUUCACUUUUCACAAAGUUUUCUAUAUGGUUGUUGUUCAUUGUUCACUCUGUGCAUGACCUUUAUAAGCUGAUGGUUUUUCGUGAAAAAGGGAUGUAAAUAUUUUCCCAAACUUCAUCAGUGGAUAAGCAAGAAAACACAUUUUCUGUGAAAAUGUUGAUUAUUUCAUAAUACAGAACUCUGCAAAUUGAAUUCGAUUUUUCAAAUGUGAGGAAACAAGUUUAAAUUGUCUGUCUGAAAUAGGACGUCGCACAGACAACAAAUGAACAAUGCGGUGAGCAUGUAUUUUCCCAUAUUUCCAAAAAUAGAUUGAACUGAUUGACAUAAAAUUUCAUGUUUUUAUGACAAAAAAAGGCGUAGUUUUUUUCCUUUGUUAUAAUGAUAGUGCUACAAAGGGUAUUUUGGGAAAAGUUAACAUUACGGAAAUCGGGCCUAAGAUAAUAUUUGAGGUUUCUUUGUAGUCAUGGUGUUCUAUGUCUUUCCUUUGCACUUCGCCUUUUUUGCCUUACCAAGUCCAAUUAAAAAUCCUUCAUGUUACCAAAACUGAAAAAAUGUCGAGCUCACACAACCAGUUUUAAUUCUACAUGCAAAACUUUGAGGAAAAACCCCGCCAUAAUCCAACCUGUAAAUCGUGUCCUCCACUCGUUUUGGGAGUACCAAGAUGGCGGCCAACUGGCUUUAUCCAAUCGGCAUACCGCUCAAUGUUUGUCCUAUCCAGUCUUUUUUUUUUAGAUCAGUGGCCUCGGUACACAGAAAGAGUUUAAGGCUAGCGCCGUGCUAAUGCUAGCCUUAAACUGUGUGUACCGAGGCUUAUAAUCAGGUGCCCUAACGCUAGCGCCGCAUCACCGCGUAGACCGCAGGGUUGAAAGUCGCGGCUUGCAGGCCGGAAAGUACGCUAGUUGUUUUAACUACACAAGGUGUAAUUAUCUUUAUUUUAUGUUUAAUUUGACAGUAAACUUCCACAGGGAGUGGCAAUAAACAUCUUGAGGCCUUGUUCAGCAUCUCCCAAACUGCUACGACUGUCCAUAAAUUAUGCUAACAAUGCCAUGCUAGGCUAAACUUCAACAUGUUUCCUCGCCACCGAGUAUUGCUUUACGUAUAGCCAGUGUUUCGGCGCCAACUUGUGGCAUGUUUGUGUGUUGUACGAAGUGCAAAAAAAAAUGUGAAUACUAGUUCA